CCACCCUCCUGGGCACAUCCCUGCACCAUGUCUGCCCCCAGGUCCAGCUGCACAUCCUAGCCCCUUCCCUGCACAGAGCCCCUGCCCUGUUGGUAAGGAGGGGCCCUGCCUGCUCCAGGGCUGGCCCUGGGUGGUAGGGACUGUCCCCUCUCUCCUAGGAGCUGUGACCGGCCCAGGUCCACUGGUCAGGCCUGAGCCUGGGCUGAGAUGGGGUGAGACAGACUGGGGACACUUCCCAGGGGCUGCUGGAAAUGGCUGGGCUUGGUUGAGGCCAGAUUCUGAAUGGGCACCACCCCCUGAUCCCACUCCGUUCCCAGGCUGGGCCCAUGAGAGAUUGAUGGGGAGCAGCCAGGAGGAGGGGCUCCUGCAUCAGCUAAGCCAGCUGGACCAAGAUGCAGACCUGGAUGACACUGAAGCUGCUGGGCCCCGGGCCGCCCUCCUGGAGAAGCACCUGCUGGAGGGAGAGAAACAGCUGCCCAGCCCCGGGCAGGGCCCCUUCUUCUACAUCGGGGGCACCAACGGGGCCUCAAUAAUCAGCUCCUACUGCAAGAACAAGGGCUGGCAGCGCAUCCAGGACAGCGGGCGGGAGGACUACAAGCUGAAGUGGUGCGAGGUCAAGAGCCGGGACAGCUACUGCAGCUUCCGGGAAGGGCUCUGUCAUCCAGGGGAGCAGCUGCUGUACCAGCUGCCCAACAACAGACUCCUCACCACCAAGAUCGGGCUGCUCAGUGCCCUGAGGGUAUACUCACGGGUCCUGAGCAAGAUCAACAAGGCAGCGCUGGGCGCCCAGGCCAGAUCUGGAAAGGAUGCAGCACCUGCCCUCGAGGAGCCCACGAGGACCAGCCCAGGACGCCUCAGGCCACAGAGGGUCCUGAAAAUGGAAGAAUUUUUCCCAGAGACCUACCGUCUGGACAUCAGCGAGGAGAGAAAGGCUUUUUUCACCCUCUUUGAUGAUACCCAGAUGUGGAUCUGCAAGCCCACCGCCUCCAACCAGGGCAAAGGCAUCUUUCUGCUCAGGAACCAGGAGGAAGUCACUGCCCUCCAGGCCAAGAUCCAAAGCAUCGAGGACGACCCCAUCUACCGCAAGAUGCCGUUCCGCGCGCCCCAGGCACGCAUCGUGCAGAGGUACAUCCAGAAUCCACUGCUGCUGGAUGGGAAGAAGUUUGACGUGCGCUCCUACCUGCUCAUCGCCUGCACCAUGCCAUAUAUGGUCUUCUUUGGCCACGGCUACGCUCGCCUCACCCUCAGCCUUUAUGACCCCUGUUCCAGCAACCUCGGUGGCCACUUGACCAACCAGGGCCCCUCAGUUGGGCAGGACCUCUGGGUGUUCUGCGGCAGUGGUCUCCAGGCGCCACACUGCCCCCUCAGUUCAUGCAGAAGAAGAGCCCCCUCUACGUGCUGCUCAAGGAGAACACGGUGUGGAGCAUGGACCACCUCAACCGGUACAUCAACGACAAGUUCAGGAAGACCAAGGGCCUCCCCAGAGACUGGGUCUUCACCACCUUCACGGUCCGUGCACUCCUCACCCACCGCAGCCUGGGGGGGCCAGGGUCAGGACCCCUUAGGGUAUGUGGGGGGCGGGGGUGGUGUUUCCGCCUCUGCUGGGCUGGGCAAGGGGCACGUCAGAUGUCCUGGGGGGGCGCGUCUGUAUUGGAGGGUGUGUCUGUCUGAGGUGUAACUGCGGGCUGUGGAAGCUGGCCGCUCUGAGGUGUCUCCAUUACUCUCUCAUCUCUCUCCCUCUCCCUCUCUCAGCUGCGAUAAUUCACGAUAAUUCACAUAAACUUUACCAUUUUAAAGUUUACAGUUCAGUAGUUUUAGUUGAUUCACAGAGUUGUACAAUAGUUCAGAACAUUUUCAUCUCCUCAAAAAGAAACCCCGUGCCCAUUAGUCAUCUCUGCCCAUUCCACUCCCCCAGCUUCUGGACACGACUGAUCUACUUUCUGUCCCUAUGGGUUUCCCUAUUCUGGACAUUUUGUAUAAAUGGGAGCAUACACUACAUGGCUUUUCCUGGCUUCCUUUACCAAGCAUCAUGUGUUCGAGACUCAUCCACGUUGUGGCAUGUGUCAGUACCUCAUUCCUUUUUACAGCUGAGUAACAUUCCAGCGUGUGGAUCCACCACAACUUUUUGGGUGAACAUCCAUCAGUUGAUGGACGUUUGGGUUGUUUCCACCUUUUGUCUAUCAUGAAUAAUGCUAUGUGAAUAUUCUUGUACAAGUUCAUGUAUAUGUUCAUGAACAUAUAUUUUCAGGUCUCUUGGGUACAUACCUAGGAAUGGAAUUGUGGGGUCACAUGGUAACUCUUGUGUUCAACUUUUUGAGGAACUGCCAUACUCUUUCCACGGUUGCUGCAAUAGUUCACAUUCCCAUCAGCAAUGUAUGAGGGUUGCAGUUUCUCCAGAUCCUUGCCAAUAUUUGUUUUUUGUUUUUCGUUUUUUUUAAUAGUCAUCCAGUGGGUGUGAAGUGGUAUCUCAUUGUGGGUUUGAUUUACAUUUCCCUAAUGAUAAUGAUAUUGAGCAUCUUUUCAUGUGUUUAUUGGCCAUUUGUAUAUCUUCCUUAGAAAAAUGUCUAUUCAGAUUCUUUGUCCAUGCUCGCCUGUUAGGCUGUGAGAGCUCUUUAUAUGUUCUGGAUGCUAGACCCUUAUUAGAUAUGUGGUUUGCAAAUAUUUUCUCCUGUGAGUUGUCCUUUCACUUUCUUGAUAAUGUCCUUUUUUGCAGAAAAGUUUUAGAUUUUGGAAAAGACCAAUUUAUCUAUUUUUUCUCUGCUUAUUCAUGCUUUUGAUGUCAUAUCUAAGAAUCCAUUGCCAAAUCCAAGGUUGUAAAGAUUUAUACCUAUGUUUUCUUCUAAAAGUUUUAUAGUUUUAGCUCUUACAUUUAGGUCAUUGACCCAUUUUGAGUUAAUUUCUGUAUAUGGCAUUAGGUAAGGGUCCAACUUCACUUUUUUGCACGUGGAUGUCCAGUUGUCCUAGCGCCAUUUGUCGAAGAGACUGUUCUUGGCACAUCGUUGAAAAUCAAUUGACCACAUAUGUACGGGUUUAUUUCUGGACUCUCAGUUCUAUUCCACUGGUGUGUGAGUCCAUCCUUAAGUCAGUACCACACUGUUUUGAUUGCUGUUGCUUUGUUCUAUUAAUGUGCUGUAUUACAUUGAUUGAUUUUCAUGUGUUGAACAAGUCUUGCAUUUCUGGGAUAAAUCCCACGCAAACAUGGUAUAUUAUCCUUAAAUACACUGCUAGACUUGGUUUGCUAGUACUCCAUUGAGUAUUUUUGUGUCUAAACUCAUAAGCAAUAUUGGUUUAUAGCAUUCUUUUGUUGUAUGUUUGUCUGGUUUUCGACAUGUUCCCUCCUCUUCUAUUUUUGGAGAGUUUGUGAAGGAUUAGUGUUAAUUCUUUAAAUGUUUGGAAAAAUUCACCAGUGAGGCCAUCUUGUCCCGGACUUUUCUUUGUGGGAAGGUUUUUUAUAUUAUUACUACUAACUCGAGCUUUGCUUGUUACAGGUUAUUCAGAUUUUCUGUUUCUUCUCGGGUCAAGCUUAUUCAUUUGUCUUUCUAGGAAUCUAUCCAUUUCUUCUGAGUUGUCUAAUUUGUUUGGAAUACAGUUGUUCAUAGUAUUCUAUGAACAACAAUAAUCCUUUUUAUAAUCAUUUUCGUCUCUAUGUAAGGUCUUUCUUUCUUGAUUUUAGUAAUUUGGGUAUUCUCUCCUUUUUUCUUGGUCAAUCCAGCUAAGAGUUUGUCAGUUUUGUUGAUCUUGUCAAUGAACCAGCUUUGGUUUCAUUGAUUUUCUCUAUUGUUUUCUAUUUCUAUUCCCUUUAUCUCCACUCUCUUCUUUAUGAUUUCCUUCCUUCUUUGCUUUGGGUUUAGUUUUCUCUUCUUUUUCUAGUUUCUUAAGGUUGAAGCUUAGGUUAUUGAUUUGACAUCUUUUCUCUUGUUUAUGGUGUUUACAGCCAUAAAUUCCCUUCUGAGCACUGCUUUCACUGGAUCCCUUAAGAUUUUAUGUGUUCUGUUUUUGUUUUCAUUUGUUGCUUAAGAGUGUUACUUAAUUUCCACAUAUUUGUGAAUUUUCCCAUUUUCCUUCUCUUAUUUAUUUCUAACUUCAUUCCAUUGUGGUCAGAGAACAUACUUUGUAUGAUGUCAAACCCUUUAAAAAUUACUGAAACUUGUUUUAUGUCCUAACACAUGUCUGUCCUGGAGAAUGUUCCAUGUGCACUUGAGAAGAAGGAGUGUUCUGCUGCUGGGUGCAGCGUUCUCUAGAUGUCUGUUAGGUCUAGUUGUUUUUCAGGGUUGUUCAAGUCUUCUGUUUACUUGUUGCUCUUCUGUCUAGAUGUCCUAUCCUGUUCUAUCCAUCAUUGAAAGUGGAGUAUUGAAGUCUCCAACUAUUAUUAUUGAAUUGUCUAUUUCUCCCUUCAGUUCUGUCAGUUUUUGCUUCAUGUAUUUUGAAGCUCUGUUCUUAGGUGCAUGUAUGUUAUAAUUAUUACAUCUUCUUGAUUUAUCAUUAUAAAAUGUCCUCUUUUUUUCUUAAUGUCCUCAAUUUUUGUCUAAAAUCUAUUUUCUCUGAUAUUAGUAUAGCCAUUCCAGCUCUCUUUUGCUUACUGUUGGCAUGAUAUAGCUUUUCCCCUCCAUUUGCUUUCAACCUAUCUGUGUUUUUGAAUCUAAGUGUGUCUCAUAGAUAGCACAUCAAGGGUUUUUAAUGCAUUCUGCCGAUCUCUGUCUUUUAACUGGAAAGGUUAAUCCAUUUACAUUUAGUAUACUGAUAAGGUAGGAUUUACA